GUCACCAGCCAGCACCAGGACCCGGGAGUCACCAGCCAGCACCAGGACCCGGGGGGUCACCAGCCAGCACCAGGACCCGGGGGUCACCAGCCAGCACCAGGACCCGGGGUCACCAGCCAGCACCACGACCCGGGGGUCACCAACCAGCACCAGGACUCUAGCAGUCACCAACCAGCACCAGGACUCUACAGGUCACCAGCCAGCACCAGGACUCUACAGGUCACCAGCCAGCACCAGGACUCUACAGGUCACCAGCCAGCACCAGGACUCUACAGGUCAAUAGCGAGCACCAGGACUCUACAGGUCACCAGCCAGCACCAGGACUCUACAGGUCACCAGCCAGCACCAGGGCUCUACAGGUCACCAGCCAGCACCAGGACUCUGCAGGUCAAUAGCGAGCACCAGGACUCUACAGGUGACCAGCCAGCACCAGGACUCUACAGGUGACCAGCCAGCACCAGGACUCUACAGGUCACCAGCCAGCACCAGGACUCUACUGGUCAAUAGCGAGCACCAGGACUCUACAGGUCACCAGCCAGCACCAGGACUCUACAGGUCACCAGCCAGCACCAGGACUCUACAGGUCACCAGCCAGCACCAGGACUCUACAGGUCACCAGCCAGCACCAGGACUCUACAGGUCACCAGCCAGCACCAGGACUCUACAGGUCACCAGCCAGCACCAGGACUCUACAGGUCACCAGCCAGCACCAGGACUCUACAGGUCACCAGCCAGCACCAGGACUCUAGCAGUCACCAACCAGCACCAAGGACUAGAGAGCACCCAAACAGAAACCAUGAAUAACUUGAGUAAUGUUUCUGAGCACAACGUGACUGGUGAGGUUCAUGUGGACCGCAAAGUGAGCUUGGUGUUCGCGUACGCCAUGCUGGUGUUUGCGGCCGUGGGAGUCAUCGCCAACCUCUAUGUCAUCUGCAUGCUGAGGUACCCCGGCAAGGUCCGCAUCACCAACAUCUAUGUUCUCAACCGAUGCUUGGCCGACCUACUCUUCUUCCUCCCGGUGCCAGCACUCGUGGCUGACAUCACCCUUGAUCAUUGGAUGUUUGGCGAUGUCCUGUGCAGGAUGUGCAUGACUCAACUCCACGUGUGCUCUUAUGCUAGCAAUGCUUUCCUGUUGGUGAUGAGUGUGGACUGCUUUUAUGCUGUCACGCACACGGGGGAUGAGAGCCUCUCCCGCCGCACCAGAGUGAUGAAAGUCUUGGUAAGCGUUGUGUGGGUCUUGGCGGUCGUCCUGGCUGUCCCGUAUUUGACCAUCUUUGGCGCACAGAUAUACGAUAAAAGUGCUGUAACUCAUUGCGUUUUGCUCAUCGCCUCAGAGGCCUCAACUGCUUUUUCUCUGUAUCUCUUUUUUUCGAUAUCUUCAAACACCGUCACUCUAGUCACAUGCUGGGUGAUGUUAUCCAUGGCGACGUCAACUAAGUCGACGUCUAUAUUGACGCUGCAAAACGACAGGGAAGGUUUGCCAGUGUGGCGGCUGCUCCUUGGUCUCACAGUGACCCUCACCAUGUGCCAAGGACUACCCACGCUCCUUCAGAUUCUGGAGUUCGUCUGGUCUAGCAGCCGGUCAGAGAUGAUGAAUGUGCUGAGAAGAGUGCUGAUUUUGACUAACUCACUGUUCUUUCUGAACGCGGCAUUGAGUCCAUUAGUGUACCUGGCGGUUAAGGCCAGAGAGACGGAGAGUAGCCAUCAAGACACCCAUCUACAGGCCAGCUCCACUCUCCUCACCCAAGAGGACACCCUCACAGACAACGAUCUCUGAGUCGUCAGUAGCCCGGCUAUAUCCUGACCUUACAGACGACACCUCCUGAUCUUCGUCAGCAAGCCUACAGGAAGGCAUUCUCUUCAUGAUCAUUGUCAAUAUAAUAACAAUAAUAAUAACCAUGUUACUACAAAAUAUUAUAUUUACACACAAAUAUUAUAGAGUUUGUAGUUCAAUUUUUACAUGUAGUUAGUUAUAUCAUUUGUAUACAACAAUACUCAUGUGAAGUAUUUCGGGUCAGAGUUACGGAUAUUGUGUGAUAUUAUGUUAUCAUAUUGUAGGGUAAUACACCAUGAGGCGUAGCUUAGCAUAUAUAUAAAUGUUAGAAGUUAUUUCAGCAUAUUAUAUAGUUUCGUAGUGAUAAAUGUAGACUACUUUAGUUUAGGUUCUAUAGCAUGCAAUAACUCAAAAUAAUGUGGCUGAAAAUAAGACGCCAUAACCCACAAAUCUUUAAAUAAAAAUAAAAAAAUAUAUAAAACUGACGAGCUUAAUCAUGUUUAGAUAGAAGUAAAACUGUUUUUUAGUUUCUCAACUAGUUUUGUCAAUCUUUGUAAAUAAUGUCAGUGUCAUCUCCACUUUUACUGAACUGCUAUGUUAGCUUUUCUCAAGAUAUAAGAACAGGCUCAGAUUUCUAGUUAUUUAUUGGUGAGUAAAUCUAUGGCCGGAGCUAUGACACUUGGUAUUUCAGAGUGGUAGCCUGGCUCAGUUUCAAUGAGUUGGUUAUAUAAGCAACAUCGAAAGAACUUGCUGGGGAGAGACACGGAGACUCUGGUCAAAUACUGCCUCUGUGAGAUAGAAACUUACGUUGGUAUGUAAUAUUAGGCUUUCAUUUGCAAUUGUGGUUCCACGUGAUGAUAAAAAACCAUUGCGUCCAGGAAACCUAACUGAUCUAAGCCUAACUAUACACCAUAUUCUAAUAUUUACCAAUAUUGAAGUAUAUCUGAAAAAUACCAAUUUUGAAUGCAUACUACAGAGGAUAAACUGAGGAAUGCUUAGCGGGGACGGGCGCAGCUUAGACAAGCAUAGCCUGAGGAUGGGUUGGAAAAUAAUAAUCAGCUUUAAAAGCCGGUCCUAUAACUUGGAACCCCAUAUGCAGGUAUAUAUACAUAGGGAGGUGUACGGUAUUUCUCGGUGUAUAUACCCUGAGAGCUUACUAUAGUCCGGGACUUUGUUCAGGACUAAUCUAUAGUUGCUGGUUAGUCAGUCAGCGAUUGUGGUGGCCUUCAUAACCCUCCAGAGAUUGACAGAUGUAUAUAUAUAUAUA